UUCCAGAGUGAGCGUAGGAAAAAAAGACGUCCACCAUCUUUGAUCCGAUGUACAAUCAUUGAAUGUACUUUGCGAUGUAUAUUAGUUCUAGUAUUAAUCGUUACCGGUGUUUAUUAUCUUUUCACUUAAUUAAAAUGACAUUAAACAGUUAAAUAAAAUUGUUAUGAGGCUUUGACGAAGUACAUAUGAGAUGGAUGAUGAACAAGAAAUAGAUUCUAAAGCCACCUCACCCAGUGGUGUGGGUGAUGAAGAUAUAGAUAUGGAUGAUGCUUCCAUGGGAGAUGGUGAAGAAGAUGAUGACGAUGCAGAACCAGGAACAUCACAAAUUCAGACUCAUGAAGAGUCUUCUUUGGGCCUUGCCCCCUUGAAACAUUCUCAUGUUAGUGGCAAACCAUUAAGCAUUCGGAGGGGUCCAGGGCGGCCUAGGAAAGAAAGACCAACAUCUCGGAGAAAAGGAAGCUUGGGUCUAAAAUUGAAGAAAUGGAGAUCUAAUGUGUACAUGCGUGGAAUGAGCAAGAAUUCCAAAGAUGAUGGUAGAGAAAGUUCAGUGGUUGAAGAUGCUGAUCCUACUAACAAAUCACCUACUCCUAGCCCUAUGGAAGAGUCAAUGCCAACCGGUGUCUUAGCAGAUGACCCAGGAUCUGGUGUGAAUGAAGCUGGUUCAACUGAAAAUGUUGGGGAAACUGGAACUGUUGGUGGAAGUAUUAAACAAGAAAGAAUGCCAGCUCCAGAAGAACCCCCAUAUUUUCCUGAGCAGUGGCCUGGGAAAGUGUGUGCUCUAUGCAACCUUGGAGAAAGAAGUCAGUUGGGCCAGGGAGACUUAAUGCAGUUAAGUUGUCCAGAAGGUUUCACUCCUCUCAAAGCCAGUCCAAGUGGCAGCCGAACAGAGGUAGACCUACUCAGUCCGAGAGGUGAUGGAAAUGAUGGUCCUGAUCGAGAAAGUCCCAUUACUUCAGGUGAUAAGAGCCCUCGUGGCAGUGGUCCUGCUGCAGUGACGAUUCGUCGUCAGAAAAGUAUGGCAAAGUGCAAGAACCCUUCUCAAGCAAUGUAUGUUGAACCUGUGGAUGAAUUGAGUGUUGUGGGGUUUGUUGACGAACCAGAAGUGGGUGUUAUAUUUGAGGCUUCAGGACAUUUUUAUGUUCAUCAUUCAUGUGCUUUGUGGUCAUCUGGUGUUACAAGAACAGAAGAUCUAGUGUUGGAAAAUGUUGGUCCAGCUGUUCUGCAAGGAUCAUCACGUCGUUGUUCAUAUUGUGGUCAUUUUGGAGCAACCAUUUCGUGUAUUGUGGCAUCCUGCCAGAAAUUUUUACAUUUCCCCUGUGCAGCUGCCUCUGGGGCAUUUCAAGAUUGCAAAAGUGUUUCAAUGGUCUGCAAUCAGCAUUUGGAUCAAGUACCUCUUUUAGUGAGUGGUGAAAUAGGUUGCAUGUCAUGUUUUGGAUUGGGAGAUGUUUCCAAUUUAAUGAUGUGCACCAUUUGUGGCCAUCAUUAUCAUGGUAGUUGUGUUGGACUUGCCCUCCUUCCUGGUGUUCGAGCUGGUUGGCAGUGUCCUGAAUGUCGAGUAUGCCAAGUCUGUAGACAAACAGAAGAUGUUUCGAAGGUUAUGUUGUGUGAAACUUGUGAUAAAGCCUACCACCCUCAGUGCCUGCGCCCGGUAGUUACUAGUGUUCCUAAAUAUGGGUGGAAAUGCAAGUGCUGUCGAGUGUGCAGUGACUGUGGUUCAAGAACACCAGGUGCUGGAACAUCAUCUCGAUGGCAUGCUCAUUACACUGUGUGCGAUUCGUGCUAUCAACAGCGAAACAAAGGAUACUCUUGUCCUUUGUGUCGGAGAGCAUAUCGAGCUGCAGCACACAAAGGAAUGGUUCAGUGUAGUCUGUGUCGAAAAUUUGUUCACGGGACAUGUGAUUCUGAAGCUGAACUACAAACAUACCAACAGAAAAAAGAAGCCAAUCCCGACUAUGAAUAUGUUUGUCCCAACUGUAAAAGCUUAACUCUUGCAGGGCGACAGAUGCUAAUGAAGAGAAAAGAUAGUACUGAUGAUGGGCUGGAUUUUAACUUAUCUGCAUCACAAGAAUCUUUAUAUUUGGAUGAAAGUACCGAAUCUGACAGUUUUUCCAUGGACAAACUGGUUUUGAAGUAUCAGACAUGCCAAAAGCAAUUGGUUUAGGCAAAGGCAAGCCAUUUUGUGCCAGUAAGAUUGCAAAAAAGAAACUUGGUCUAAGUUCUAUAUCAGGUCGCCCAAAAGGAGUGGGCAAGGGAGGAGCAGGACUGGGAAAAGGUGGUGCAAGUUACCAGAAGCGUCAAAAAGUGACUGAAUUUGGAAGGAAACGAGGUCCUAAAUCAAAAAUGAGAGGAAUUUUUGGUGUUCCAGGUGUGGGACUGCAGAGGCCACAAGCUGAUUCAUCAUCCACCAAGACUGAAGAUGAACCUGGUGUUGAAAAUCGUCUUGUUCUGUGUUCAGCUAAGGAUAAAUUUGUUUUGACUCAAGACAUCUGUGUGAUGUGUGGUGCUAUUGGUAUGGAUCAGGAAGGUUGCUUGAUAGCAUGUGCUCAGUGUGGCCAAUGUUACCAUCCGUAUUGUGUGAAUGUCAAGGUAACUAAAGUAAUUCUUCAAAAAGGAUGGCGGUGUUUGGAUUGUACUGUCUGUGAAGGGUGUGGUCAAAGACAUGAUGAAGCUAGGUUAAUUUUGUGUGAUGAUUGUGAUAUUUCAUAUCACAUUUAUUGUAUGGAUCCUCCUCUUGAUUAUGUACCUCAUGGAAACUGGAAAUGUAAAUGGUGUGCAAUAUGUGUUUCAUGUGGGGCAAAUGAUCCAGGUUUUAAUUGCACCUGGCAAAAGAGUUUCACAGAAUGUGGCCCGUGUGCCUCUCAUUCAACAUGUCCAUCAUGUUUAGAGUUGUACACUGAAGGAGAUUUACUGAUUCAAUGCAUACAGUGUGAACGUUGGCUGCAUUGUGCAUGUGAUCAAAUUCACACUGAAGUUGAUGCAGAACGUUGUUCAGAAGAGGGUUACAACUGUAUACUUUGUCGUCCUCGAGAUGUGCCCCCACCUCACCUAGUGCCUCUUCCAGCACCACCUAAGCCCCCUACGCCAACAAAGAGUCCAGAACCAAUUAAGACAACACCUCAGGAUUUCUUCUUGGAUGGUGUGUACCUUUCUGAGUCAGGACUGCGACAAAUUAAGUCUUUAACAGGUGAGCAACCACUUGCUCGCAAAAAGAGAAUGGCCAAGAAGAUUCCUACAAAAGCUGACAAAGAAGCUGGAAUUUUGGCUACAAUAGAAUCAGUUGUUGCAGGAGGUAUUUUAGAUAAUACAGCAGAAGUAGAAGGAAUCAAAAUGGAAAUAGAUGAGGUUAAAGAGAUUAAAGAAGAGCCAAUGGAAUUCAAGGAAGGUAUGAUUGUAACUCCUAGAGAAGAUGGUAAGCCACCUGAGCCUCCUGAGGGAUUUACAAUCUGCACCACAGAAAGUGGUGUAAUGGUACUCCGAAGAAAAAGACAGCGCAAUUUACAAAAAUUAGGCAUUGGAGGCUUUGUAGCUAGACUUAGAAAUACCCGGUGUAAGGAUAAAGAAGAUGAAGAAACUCCUGGGGGAACUGCAACUACUCCUCCAGCAAAUGGAGGAAAUGAAGAAGAUAAACCUGUUCGCCGGAAACCUCAAAGAAGAAAAGCACGUAGUAAACUAAUGGAAAGUUACCCUUCUUACCUCCAGGAAGCUUUCUUUGGCCGUGAUUUACUUGACACUUCAAAAGAGAAAGGUGUUGGUAGUAGCAGUGGAUCUGAAGAUGAUCAAGAGGCUACUCGUGUCAGUGAAGACAAAACUAUACAGUUGUCACAGGAUGAAUUAAAAGCAAUAGAGGAGGUGAAAGCUAAACAGGAUAAAGAAACUGAUAAAACUGAAAAGAAAUCUGAUGAUGUGGAUGGUACUUCUACAAAAUCACCUAUAAAAGAAGAAGAUGAGGGGAGUGACUCAGAAGUUCUAAAAGAUAUUCUACCAAGUGUUCUUAUAGAUACUGAUUUAGUGAAUACUAUUAUGAAUGAUGAUGAUGACGAUAUUACUAAGAGUGCAGAGAAUUUGGGAGAUAUUGGAGAUGAUUCAGAGCUGAAUGAUUCCUUGUCCAUGACCGAAGGUGGCGGUGAUGUUUCUGGAGCAAGUCACAAAGAUGAGCUCACUGACAUUCUUAGCCCCCACUUUAACCUCGAAUCAAUGGUCAGAGACACAGGUCUACCUAACAUGGACAGCAAGGAUGUUGAGGAAAUUUUUAAAGGUGUCCUCACAGAUGAAUCCCAAGAAUCUCAAGAAUCAAUUUUUCCUCUUGGUCCUGUACCUACACCUUCUACAGCUCUUGGCUCAAAUAUUCCUCCUGGUUCCAGUGGCAUGGUUUCACCUUCCCAUGCAUCACAUCCAGUUCUUCAGCCUGGAAUGGGUUUGAACCGGCAGCAAGGAGGACUUCCACCUGUUGGACAAACAAGUUUACCAUCCCCCAUUGGGUUUCCACCCCAAUCACCCUAUGAGUAUAGCAAUAGUCCUCAGUUCAGCCCAGCUUUCUCUGAGCCAAAUAGUCCUUGGCGAGCUCAUGUGGAUACUGAGGAUGGAGGAAUGGGCAAUUACUCUCAGCGCCCUCCAGGUAGUAAAAUGGAGGCUGAUGAAGCUUUGGGGACAGGUGCCACAAUUUCUGCUGUUCUUUAUGCAAAUGUGACUCAUCCAGAGUGGAAAAAGGAAUUUCCAGUGUGGAGUGAUAGAUGCAAGCAGAUUGCAAAGACAUGGCGUGCUCUCCCUGCAGAGAAGAGAGCACCAUUCUUACAACAAGCACGUGACAACAGGGCUAAUUUCCGUAUAAAGAAAACACAACAGGAUCAGGACAAAAUUCUGCAACAACAGAAAUCAUGUCGAGAAGCUGAACAGGAACGCCAGUGGAAGCAAUUACAAGCUCUACGACAGCAGCAAGCCCAGCAACAUCAGGCAGUCCUCCAGGAACAACGGGUGCAAGGAAUCAUUGACAAUGGAUCAUCCCCUCUUGCAAAAGGAGAAUUGGCUGCAUGUAUGUAUAAAUUUUUCAAUAACAAAACCCUGAAUUAUAUUCAUUGCCAUUAUUCUGUGUUUCAUUAUUUGUGGUCCUUUAUCACUUAGUGCUUUGAAUUGCAAAUUUAUUUAUACUUGUAAACAUUGAAUUUCUAAAAGUAUGUGUAUUUCAGCAAUACAACGGGUUCAACGACAGAUGAGUAUUGAUGGUAGUCCUUUUCAAGUCCAAGAUCAAUCAGCACCUCCGUUGACUUCUCAGUUGCAAGUGUCAACAUCUCAGGAACCCAACUUGAUGACUGCCAUGGUUUCACCUCAGUCUGGGCCAAGACCACAAUUCCCUAUGCCACCUUCUAAAAUACGAAGUAUUGUUCCACCACAGAGCCCAGGAAAUGUACCAUUCAGCCAUCCAAAUCUUCCUCCACCCUCAUUGCCUCCACCUCAUGGAGCACGACAGGAAAUUUCUGGACCAAUUCGACCAAAUACACUUGCCAUCCAGAGAGGUGGACCACCGCCCGUAAUGCGACAGAGUGUGGCUGUAUCAGAAUCUUUUAUCAACAGAUUUUCUGGGCAAACACAGUCACCUUUCUCACCUCAACAACCUCAGUCCCCUCACGAUCAGUUUUCCCCUUCAGCUGCUGUGUCCGGUACUACAUCUCAAACUGGUCCUCAAAGUGAUCUGUUUCAACGACCUACGGAUACUUCUCCUUCUGAUCCCUAUGCUCAAGCUCCACAAACUCCUCGACCUACCUUCCCUCCCCUUUCAAGAAGUACAAGCUUCAUUCCAGGUGCUCGACUGCCUCAUGUUCCUUUAUCAGAAGCAUUUGUUCCUCCUGGUACUCCUAGACCACAGUUCUCUGGUGCAACACCUCGUCCUACUUCACAGAUUGUGUUUUCCACUCCUCGUAUGCAGGAUCCUUAUGCCCAACAGCCUGCAACACCAAGGCCACCUUCACAAAUGGAUUUGUAUGCCCAGCCUCCUUCCACACCACGUCCAGCGCCUGCAGUGGAUCCCUAUGCAGUCCAGCCUCAGACUCCUCGACCUCAGGAUCCAUAUGCCCAACAACCUCCAACGCCUCGUCCCCGUCCUGAAGGAGAGAUAUUUCCUUCACAGCAGCAACCUGCACCUCCUCCAUUGCAACAGCAACAACCACAGCAAUCUCAACCACCUCAGCAGCAGCAACCACAGCAACCAUCCUCUCAACUGCCUCAGCAACCUCAGACUCAGCAACAACUUAGGGAUCUUCUUCAAGGACAACAACUGCGGAAAAUGGAACAAGAGAGGAUAUGGGGAGCUGGGACUCAUUCUGACAAUCAAUCUGGAAAUCAAGAUGGUCCUGUUCCUCCACAAAAUUCUCCACAGCCUCCUCAACAGUCAGCAAAUCAGCAAAUUUCAAGUCCUUUGACUGCAUCUGUCCUGCAGCAACAAAAGAUUUCUCAACCAGGAAUGCCUCCUUUUGAUCCUAGUACAGCAGUGAAUGCAAGUCAGCAAAUUGCUGUAUCUCAAGAUGGCACAUUUCGACAACCAUUACCUCCAGCAAUUGCACGGCCUCGUUUGCCUGUGCCCUGCAAUGUUGUUGUUCGUGGCCCUGGUGUGAGACAUUCUCUCCCUGUGUUAGACCCUCGUUUACAGGGUAUGGAUCCUCGAAUGAGACAAAUUUUGCAGCAGCGAGCCUUGGCAAAUGCACAGUCUUUCCCUCCAUCACAAAUGGUGCACAGAGUACCUGGACCACGCAACCCAUUGGAUCCAUAUGAUCAUUUGGUUCAACGCCCCCAACAACUUCCAUUUCCCCAAGUAAGCCAACAACAAGCUACUCCAACUGCUAUGCCUACAUCUGCAGCACCUGCUCCUGCUGUAUCUACUUCUGUGGCAACUUCCACUGCGUUUCAUCAGUCCUCCCAGCAAAUUUCCACUGCAUCAGAAACCCAAGAAAUCCCUGAAAGUGUAACUGCUGAACUUGAGAAAUUAGAGCAAGAAGGUGGAGGGAUAGUGGAAGUGGAAGGAGUGGGAGCAAUUCUUGCAGAUCUAGGAGAUGAUGAUGAAUUGCUAGAAAUGGGCAAUGACUUCAAUAUCCUAGCGUACGCAGAUCCAGAGUUGGAUGCUGUAACUGGAGGAGAAAAGACCAAUAUUCUUGAUGAGAACUUAGAUUUAGAAGAAGAGGAUAAUAAAGAGGAUCAUAAAGGGUUAAAGAAAGAUGUUGCAGAAAAUAAAUCCAGUUCUCAACCUAAACCGCCAGAUAACAGCACAAGUGGAGCACAACAAAUUAAAGUUGAACUACCAACAUCAUCUGUAGUGACUACACCCCAGAAUGUCACUUCAUCUGGAGGUACUCAGUCAGUUCAGCCUGGGCCAGUAUCAAUGGAUCCUGCUUUGCAGGGUCAGACUCGUAUUCAGAAAUUGCAUCAUAUGCCUCCAUCUUCUCAUUUGCCUCAGCGACAGUUGCAUAUCCCACCACAAUUACAGCACCCUUUGCCGCAACAGCAACAACAACAGCAGCAGCAGCAACAACAACAACAACAACAACAACAACAACAACAACAACAAGUUUUGCAAACACCUUCAACAUCUCUGCCACAGCAGCCUACUGUUGUACGCACCGGUUUGGUCACAGGAAGAAUUAUGUCUUCAGAAUCAGGAUCUACUACUUUUGCUGGGUCCUUUCCAGCCAGUGCCACUGGACAGGCUGGUGUGAAACCGGGUAAUAUUUCUGGUCAACUUGUCCAGCGUGCAUUGGUCCAACAACAAGUGCAACAACAGGACCAGCAGCGGGGACAAAUUCGACUAGGGUCUGGAGUUUUGCCCCCUGGCAUCCGUGAUGCUGCUGGCCGGGUGGUUGCAGGACCGUUGGUUCAGCAUCCGGCUGGGCGAAUAGGCUUGGGCCCUCCACCACCACCACCACCACCUCCGCCUUAUCCUGGGCCUCCACCUCCUUACCCUGGACCAGCUGCUGGGCCUUGUCAGCAGAUGCCUCCAGCAGGACUGCGUGGCAUUGGUGUGGGUUUGCCCCUGGGCCCCCCAAGGCCACCUCCAAUGGCCAUGAUGCCACAGAUGGUUGGGGGCAUAUUGCCCCCUCCGGGGGCGGGCCCCAUGCCCCCACACAUUCAGCGCAGAUCUUUGCUGCUGCAGGAGCAGCCUCUGUUAUUGGAAGACCUGCUUGAACAGGAAAAAAGGGAACAAGAAAAGCAACAACAACAACAAAUUUUGCCUCAACAGCCACCUCCACCGCCUCCACCUCCACCACCUCCACCACCUGCUGUUGUGCAGCCUCCACCAGGCUCAGCACCCCAAGCUCCUCCAUUACCAGAUACAUCAUCAACUCUGUUCAGUGAUGUAGACUUUGAAAGGUUGAGGGCUGAUGUAUUGGGAUCCACAUCUGCUGGGAGUACACCCAAUUUGGGACCAUCUCAAAUGUCAUCACCCCCUCAGGGAGUUCCAGCACAAGCAGCGUUACCAACUGGGAAUAUUGUAGCAGGAAGUGCUCCUUUGCGAGCACCAUAUCCCCCUCGCCCAGUGUCACAGCCGCCUGCUUCGUGGCAAGCUGGUGGGACCUCGCCUUCUGUGGACUCCAAAGGCCCAACUGGCAACCUUUUGCUGCGACAGCAGUCAGCUCCUGGGCCUUUAGGUGCAUCUUCUAACCAGCCAUCAGUUGCUGGUCCACCUGCUCCUCCAGUUACACCAGCUCCUCCUGCUCCACCACUCUCCAGCCCCAGUCUAGCGCAAUCAGACACUCCAGGAAUGGCUGGACGAGUGCCACUCUUCAAUGCACCACAUCUGCCAGCACCUCCAAUGCCUCCAGAGAAUAUCGUCACGGAGCAAGAUCGUCAGAUGCAAGUGCAGUAUGAGCAGUGGCUGAAUCAUCAACAUCAAGUCGUGUCGAACCAGCUCAAGUACUAUGAAACAGAGGUGAACAAAUUGCGCAAAAUCCGCAAGUCACUAAACAGCAAACAGCGACAGCUUCGGAAAGCUGGUAAUGAGUUGGCUGAGCCUGAUGCACUGGAACUGCAGAGAGUCUCAUCUGAACAAGCAGUCCUUCAGAAGCAGUUGGAAGCUAGUCGCAAACAGAGUCGUCAACAUGGGGCACUUAUUCAGGAGUAUCGUAACAAGCAACAACAGAAGCCACGCCCACCACUCUUGAUGAGUACAAAUCCCCCUCAGUCACAACAGUCACCACUUGGCCCCCCUGCAUCAUCACCCAUACAUCCAUCUACUCCUCAGUCUCCAAUGAUGUCUUCUUCUCCUUCACCUUUACAUAGUCCUGGUCCUUUGCUUUCUCAUAGUCCUGGUCCUGGGUCUGUGACAUCAAUGCUUCAACAUAGUCCAGGAACCAAUAGUGGCUUGUCACCACACAGUCUUCAACCGUCACCUCGAAUGGGUACUCCUCAUUCUCAGAGUGAAGAGAGUCCUUUCAGUCCUGGAACUUCCCAAGAGCUGUUACGCUCAUUGCCAUCUCCACAACAAGCCUGUCCUCCCCCACCAGGGAGACUGACAUCUCCACAAGCUACACCUCGUAUGGCCUCACCUCAACAUAGAAUGGGAGCUUCUACUCCUCAAGGCAUUGGUCGUAUUGUCACCAGUCCUGUUUCAUACUCUGGUGAAAUGCGUCCUGGACAGCAGCAAUUUGUUAAUGAGCCUAUUCGGUACGUAUAG